UUUAACGCAUCAUUCAUAACAUAUCUUCAUUUGUGACAAAUAAGUUAUUCGAAAUGCCGUGCUUAAGGAUUCUUACAAACGUUCCUAAUAGUAAAAUCCCUAAGGAUUUUGUGAACAGAAUUAUUCCUGUGUUGGCGAAGGCUGUUAGGAAAGAUGUUGAGAAGUUCUCAUGCGUGAUAACGGGCGACUGCCAGCUGUCCUUCGCGGGCGACUCGUCUCAGCCAGGAGCCGUGUCCACACUGGAGUCGAUAGGGCACGUCGCGCCGGAGGACAACCGAGUGAUCGGCCGGGAGCUGUCCGCGUUUGUACAGAAGGAACUGGGGAUACACCCUGACAGAUUUUUCAUAAGUAUCUACGAUAUCAAAGGCACUAACAUUGUGAAAGGCGGUGACACAAUAAAUGAAUAAUUUAAGCUAAUGUAUAUAAAAAUCUAUAUUUAAUUUUAACUUUGAACAUUAAAAAGAAAACUUUUUUAACUAGAAAGUUUAUAAAUACUAGGGGACAUCUUACACUUAUCAACCUAGCCCCAAACUAAGCAAAUCUCAAAUAAAUGCCCUUACCGGGAUUCGAACCACGGACCAUAAGCUUCAUAGGCAGGGUUACUAUAGGUCACUCACGAGGCCAGACCGGUCAUCAAUUACUUUUAAUUUAACGCCUGGCAGUUUCAUUAUAGCAAACUUGUUCCUGAAUUAAUUUGCUUGCUACAGAGAAGAAAUGAAAAUGGAAACGUUCGGUCGCAGACUAAUUGUUGACCCAACCUAAUUAAUCAAAAAAUAAUAAAAUUAUAAUUAAUUAAGGUCGUCAGACGACCUAGCGGCAGUCGCUGGCCCAAACUGGAUAGCAACAGCCUCAGACAGAGAGCUCUGGAAAACCUUGGAGGAGGCCUAUACCCUAUAGAGGGGUUCUCGUACACCCUUUUUAUUGUUAAUUUAUCAGAUGUGUAUUAUUUUUAUUUUAUUGUGUUCGAGAAAUUAAAGGCUUUUAUAUUUUUUA